GUGUGCAACGACGUCUCUCGUGUUCGAUUCGGUUAUAACUAUGCGUACGGUCCAAGUUGCUGCGGCUUUCCUAGCGAUCUACAGGGUUUCGGGCUUCGUCAUUCCGGCAUCACUUCAAUCAAGACCCGCUGCUAGAAUUCCAACAUCAUCGCAGCCUGCGACGCAUGUUGAACAUGUACGCAGGCAGCAACCGUUCGAGGCUCGCCACGCGCCAGUUUCGAUGGCACCCCGGGGUGGCAGAGGAGAGGAGGAGGUGGACGAUGCCGAGGAGAAGGGCGGAAUAGAGCCUAAGUACCUCGCUGCGAUCGGAGUGGUCUUGUUCGCGGCGCUGUACGACUUGUUCGUCACCCACGAGGGUAGGCUGUGGGAGCUCUAGAACAUCCACUUGCUUCAGCUUAUUACUGGGCGAACCCAUAAUAGCGGGCAGUAGACGGACACUGAUCACUCACUACAAAUGUGCACUUGACGGGCACGGCGGCCUGGUGCUUGGGGUAUGCUUUUGUGAAGCUGACGGAAAAAAAAGCCGUUUGUGUAGCCAAAGCACGAGGGUGCUCUCCCCUAGCUUGUUGGAGCAUUGUCUAGGCCAACGAGCGGCAGAAAGCGUUUAGUGCGCACCAAAUGUGCAAAGCGGGAAGUUGAUCGACGUGUGUUGCCUGUGUGAUGGUGACCGAGCGAGAUUUGCAACUGAUGGUGUCGAGGGUUUACUAGGGCAUUGGGUGCUUGAGGCUGCAGCUGUGGGGUAUGGACCAAUAGCAGUUUAUGUCAACGUAAGUUUUUGGCGAGCACCGAUGUUCUUGAUACUAAUUGUUGCGCACGGAAGUACUCGUUUUCAGGUUCGGUAGCAUGAUUCCGUGCACGAUCGAUUGCGGUCUUCCUAGUUCUUGUUCGUACUGAGAGUGGUUGUACAACCGUCAAUGUAGCAAGACCAGGAUUGGAGCACCCUCUUCUGGCCCGCUGAAAAUCGUUGCUUGCGCCAGCAGUUCUUGACUUAUCAGGCGUCCGGUGCCGUCGCUCUCGGAGUGUCACUCGACAAAGCGGUUUCGCAUCGCACAUUACACCGUACU